AUGAGUGACCGUGAGCCUCCAUACGACCCUUAUAUCCCUGCCGCUGGUAAUGGAGGAGCAGGAGGAAGUUCUAGACAAAAUGGAGAUCAAAGAACCGCGGAGAUACAAAAUCAAAUCGACGACACCGUCCGUCAGAUGAAGAAUAAUAUGCAAGAUCUCUCUGAGCGUGGCGAGCGCCUCGACUCCCUCCAAGAUAAAACGGACAACUUGGCUGUCUCUGCUCAGGGAUUCCGCCGAGGCGCUAACCGAGUACGAAAGCAAAUGUGGUGGAAGGACAUGAAGAUGCGCGUAUGCCUGGUCAUUGCCGUCAUCAUUCUAAUCAUUGUUAUUGUCGUUCCUGCUGUGGUGGCAACCAAACACUAA